UGUGCUUUGUUCCCUGUUUGGUGCUCCCCCAAUAAGUUUCCUUGUUCGUGCAACUUGUCUAUCCUUGGCUUGCAGAUUUGAUUAUUUUAUUAUCUACCUACCUUAUAUCUAGGACUUUACUUUAUCUUUGUUUCUGUCACUUGUCCUUAAAUUCUUCGUCCCUUCUUUCUUUCCCUGUUUUGGAUAGAUUCUCGACGAACAGUUUAUAUCACCCUCUUUUAUAGACAUGAUAUUUGUUUGUCCUUAUCAUAUAUAAUCGGGUUUAAUAUCUUCUUUUUUUCUCUUUGGAUUCUGUUACUUUUGUUCGUUGCAAUCAUGGUUGUAGCUUCAAAGAACGUGGUCGAACCAGUGUUCAUCGUCCUCGCUUUCACUGUAGGAUGUCUUAUCAACAGACGACGAGAUACUCAAGUCACGUACAACGAAUCACUGGACGAUGUUGAAGGCCAACGAUACGUCGACUCGCCUCCUUUGAAGCCCACUCUCCUCCAACAGAUCGAACGUCCAGCUCGCAAGGCUCCAAACAUCUUCUUCGUUCUGUUAUCUCGCUUCUUCAAUGCGUUUCCGUUCUUGAUAGAGAUUUGGUACUGGAACUUGACAUAUUGGAUCUACCAGGGCCUUCGAGCCGUAUCAGCCAGAGCAAUCGCAGGCAACGAGCCAAUCUUCAGCCGCGCCCGAGACCACGCCAUUCAAAUACUCACUCUAGAAUCCUUCUUCGGCCUCGAUAUCGAACAAUGCUUCCAAUCAUACAUAAUGAACCAACAGCCAUGGCUCAUGCCCAUCCUCGCAAAGAUAUACUACUCCCACAUCAGCAUUGGCAUCCUCUUCCUCAUCUACAUCUACACAUAUCUCCCAUCACCAACCUUUCAACGCAUCCGUCGUACAAUCGCCGUCGAUAACGCUAUUGCUUUCGUCAUUGUAACGCUCUGGCGCUGCUCUCCUCCACGAUUACUACCGCAGGAAUAUGGCUUCGUUGAUGUUCUGCAUAGUAAAGCUGGAGGUGCUAAUGUCUGGAACAAUAAUCGGUUUCAGUUGACUAUUGCUGCGAUGCCGAGUUUGCACUUUGGAACAUCACUUUUCUUCGCAGUUUGUAUGUGUCGAUUCUCUCCGCAUCGACUUAUGCGCAUCCUCGCUCCUCUUUGGCCGACCGCUAUGCUUAUUACUAUUGUCGCUACUGCGAACCACUUUCUCACGGAUGCAUUUAUCGGGGCUCUGGUUCCGUUGCUUGGGUGGCGCAUCAACCGUGUUGUUCUUGUUCUUAAGCCGAUUCAGGAUUAUAUCUUUGCGCCGUUGAUCAACAGGCUGGACCUGAUCGAUUCCGAUGUGCGAGUUGUUCCAAAGACUUUGUAAUUACCAUAUAGAACAAAAGCACUUGCUUUUAUAUGCACGAAUCAGGAGAAUCAGGUGCUGGGUUUGUACAUUACAAGGAGGGUCCUCACUUCUGGGUUCAUGGGGGCUUCAUCAGGGCAAU